CCAAGCUGAAACUUUUUGACGUGUAGAAACUCGGGAGUUAAAACGUGUUUACAUCAAAAACAAAUAAUUCCGAAAAGUCUUAAAGGAAAAUAUUAAAAAUGAAGUCAACAAAAGAUAAAAAACGUAAUCAAUCUGAUCAGAUAUACGCCAAGAAAAAUAAAAUUAUCAAGAAGAAAGCAAAUCCAUUUGAAUUGCAUCAGAAUAGACAGAAAUUUAAUGUUUUAAAUCGGAAAACAACUCACAGUAAAGGACAACCGCUGGUCUCAAGGAAAAUGGCUUUUGAAAAGCGUAAACAAACAAUUGGAGUUGAAUAUAAAUUGAAAAAUAAAGCAAAUUCCUUCCAAGACAAUCGUCGACAGAAUUUUAAAAUGGUUAAAGAUUCAAUUUAUAAUUUGAACGAUACCGAAGUUCUUACUCAUCGUGGACAGUCCUUGGCGGAAAUUGAGAGAUUUGAUGACGUUUUACCAGAUGAAGAGGAAAUGUCUGAUGAAGAAGCCAGACUUGAUGCAAAAUUCACAGGAGCAGCACAUUUUGGUGGUGGCGAUGAAGCAGAUGAUCGAGAUAGAAAAACUGUCAUUGAUGAGUUGAUUGCAGAAUCAAAGAAACGAAAAGUUGAAAGAACACGAGAACAUGAAGAAAUAUUAAACCUGACAGAUAAACUUGACAGUGACUGGAAAGAUUUAAUUCCAGUUGUCAGCAAACUUGAAAGAGCAGAAAAUACUAAACCAGCUGCUGAUGAUUAUGAUCGAUUAGUGAGAGAAAUGAUUUUUUCUCCUCGUGGUGAACCAGCUGAAAAAUUGAAGAAUGAAGAAGAAAUUGCAAGAAUAGAAAAAGAAAGAUUAGAGAAAUUGGAAAGAGAACGUCUGACACGCAUGAAAGGCGAUGAUGACGAUGAAGAAGAAGCUCGAAAUCAAAGUAAACAUCGAAUCGAUGUUUACUUUGAUGACGGAUAUUUUAUUGAACCUGUUGAAGAAGGAAAUGAAGAUGAUGAUAAAGUGUUAAGUUAUCCAAUAAAUCCUGAAGCUGAACAAGAAGAUGAAAGUAAUGAAGGUGAGCACGAAGAUGAUUGUGAAGAUGCAAAUGACGAAGAAAAUGAAAAUUCAAAUGAAGAGGAAUCUGAUGAAGAUGAGAGUGAGUCAGAUGAAGGAUCAGAAGCUGAUAGUUUAGAUGACUUAAAAGCAGAAGAGGAGUCUGAAGAAGAACAAGAAGAAACUGUAAAUGUCAUUAAAAUAUCAACAACAGAAGAGAAAACAAAAAAACCGAUUGAAAAUGUUGAGAAACAACCAGAGAUGAAUAAAAAAUUAUCAGAAGCUUUGGAAAAAAUUCCCUACACAAUUUUAAUGCCUGAAAGUGACGAGAAUUUAUGUGAACUUCUUCAAUCUCAUUCAGCAAAAGUUCAAGGAAUUGUCAUUGAUCGAAUCAUCAAAACAAAUCAUCCAAGGCUCAACUCCAUGAACCGCAAUAAAAUGUUGAAACUUUUCGCUUAUCUUCUUCAAUAUCUUAACGAUUCUUUCGCUGAUGUCACCGAAGAAACAAUCAAAAAACAUUUCAAAGUUUUGAAUGAAUUUCUUCCUUUCCUAUUUGAUUUGAUUCAACUUAAUCCUGAAGAAUGUUCGAAAUGUUUUCUUGAAGUAUUGAAAGAGAAAUAUGAAGAAUUUCAGAAGAAUCCAAAACAUUUUCCGAAACUCGACACUUUAAUCUUCUUUAAGAUUGUUGGACAUCUUUUUCCCACGUCAGAUUUUCGUCAUCCAAUUGUGACACCAGCAAAUGUUUUUAUUCAUCAUAUUUUAUCACAAGCGAAAGUAAAGACACGCUCUGAUGUCACCAGCGGUCUUUUCCUUGUCACAUUGUUUCUUGAUCAUCAGCAAUUAUCGAAGAAGUUUGUACCUUCUGUAAUGAAUUUUCUUAGUGGCAUUUGUCAUCUUGGAAUUAAGAAAUCAGAAGUUGAAUUAAUCAAACCAAUUCCACCAUUUAAGAGAAAUAAUUCUUUGCUUGUGCUAGAGAAUGAACUUAAAGCAGAUUAUGGAUUGAAAUUGAAACCUGAAGACUUCUUAAAUCAACCAAUCGACGAUGAUUUCAAAGUUCGAGCUUUAAAUUUGACUGUAAAUUUGAUGGAAGAUUUUGUAAAACUUUACGAUGAAUAUGUUGGAUUGAAAUACUUUUUGGAUCCUUUUGAAAAGGUUUUAAAUCGAUUAAUGAAUGAAGACGCUCUUCCGACAGAAGUUAAGGAAAAUAUUCAGAGAAAAAUUGAAUUCUUCCAAAGCAUCCGACUAGACCGAAAAUUCAUCUUUCCACAACCCGAAAAGAAAAUCCAGCCAAUGUUGAGAAUGUUGGAACCGAGAUUUGAAACAGUUUUAUCAGAUCGCCGCUCAAUGUACAGUCAAGUGACGGGCGCUAAAGCUGAACAAAAGAAACUCAAACACAUGAUUAAGAAAGAAUUCAAAUCAGCUAAACGUGAGCUUCGAAGAGACAACGAAUUUGUGUCUAAAAUUCGUCACAAACGAAGACAAGAACAAGAUCGUGAACGUCAAGCGAAGGUCAAGAGAAUCUUCAACGAAGCGAGUAUUCAACAAAGUGAAUACAAUGCAUUGUCAAGAACAAAAGGACGAAAAGGAAGAUUUUAAUUUCAUUUUAUUUCGAUGUCUUGAUUUCUUUCCUUUCGAAUGUAAUAAAAGUUUGUAAAAAUA